GUGCGCUUCCGGGCAUGCGACGUCGUGGACUGGUCCCACUCCGACAUCCCCGAGAGGAGGAGACCAAGCGCGUGGAGAUGAAGCUGGCAGACUGGACACACACUCUGGGGGUGCAUCAUGUCCUCACGACACCGUGGAUACACCUGGAGUUUGACCAGCCCACGGAGUACCGGGACUUGGGUACUUUCAACCACGGAGCAACCCGUCGGUGGUGCGGACGGGCACGCGGACGGGCUACUACGAAGAACCGCUCGGUCUCGCAGUUCAAGCACAGCUACGCCCUGCUGGACGGGAACGGCAACCACAUGCCGGAGCCCCUCGAGGAGGACCUCGAGGGCAUACACAGGUGCAGGCAGUGCGUCGUCUGCAUGACGAGCUUCUGCACCGCGAUGGUCAGCAUUGUUGUUGUCGUGUACCUGGCGCUGCGGGGAUACGUGUACUCGUGCGACAACGCUACAAGUGGCUCGCCAUGGCAGCGCUGCUCCACAAGAAGUUCCCCAUCAGCAAUCACGACGUGUUCGCGAUGGUCGAGGAGUGUGAGGACCGAAAAGCUGGACGGCACGGGCACCCCGGAUGGCACGAACCCGUGCCGGCCCACGGACGACCAGGUCACCAGCGUGUGCCUCGAGCACUUCCCCGAGGGGCAGCCCCGCCCCACCGCCUUCGACGCGCACCUCGAGCGGUGGCUCGGCUUCAAGGUGCACGGCGUGCCCUGCUCGCCGCGCUUGUGCGAGCACUUCGACUCGGUGCGGGAGACAGACGUGCUCUGCAUGUGCGGGUGCGUGGUGCUCGUCAUCCUUGCACUAAUCUGCAGAUAUCAGGGCAAGGACGGGAUCUGUUUGACAAGUUCAAAUCGAGCACGAUGA